UUUGUUUUGUUUUUAAUUGUUGAAGGUUUUAGCCCAGUGUGCCUGCCGGGCUGUGCCCUGCUCAGAGCCAUGCCUGUGUGCGGGUGAAGCUGGGAGCCAGAAUGGAGCCCCUGCAGCAGCCGCCACUGCCGCCGCCACACCUGACUCCUCAGCAGAUGGAGGCUCGGCCACAGCAGGGGCAGCCAACCAGAGACGCCUCAGGGCUUUAUGCCCAGAAGCUAGCGGCCCAGCCGGCCCUGCUGUCUGCCCCAAGGUUGGCUGGCAGCCCUGUCCUGGCGCCCCCUGCCCGAGUUCUCCCGGCCUCAGCCGUGGCCCGAGUCUUCAACCGGAGCCAUGGGAACACAGACGCUAAGGAAGACGAAGGUGGCUUGGAAGAUGCCGACGGGGAUGAGGACGAUGCGGAGGCAGAUGACCAGGAGGCCCAGGCGGCUCCCAAAUAUCUUCCUGUGCACAAAACAGCUCGUCAGGAGCCCAGAGUGGCCCCAGCUUCUGGCAGCAUGCUUCCAGCACAGCCGGGGCUCCCUGCGCACGGACAGCAAGCCAGAGAAGAUCAUACCAAAGAUGCUUCACGGGCUGCACCUGCCGUGGCCACUGCCGGGCAGCCGAGCUGGAAUCUGGACGAGCAGCUCAAGCAGAACGGUAGCUUGGCCUGGAGCGACGAUGCAGAUGGAGGCCGGGGAAGAGAGAUCUCCAGGGACUUUGCCAAGCUGUAUGAACUGGACAGUGACCCUGAGAGGAGGGAGUUCCUGGAUGAUCUUUUCAUCUUCAUGCAGAAGAGGGGGACCCCCAUCAACCGGAUCCCCAUCAUGGCCAAGCAGACGCUGGACCUGUACAUGCUGUACAAGCUGGUGACGGAGAAGGGCGGCCUGGUGGAGAUCAUCAACAAGAAGAUCUGGAGGGAGAUCACCAAGGGCCUGAACCUGCCCACCUCCAUCACCAGCGCCGCCUUCACCCUCAGGACCCAGUAUAUGAAGUACCUCUAUGCCUACGAGUGUGAGAAGAAAGCCCUGAGCUCCCCGGCCGAGCUCCAGGCAGCCAUCGAUGGCAACCGCAGGGAAGGCCGGCGUCCCAGCUACAGCUCCCCGCUCUUCAGCUACUCGCCUUCGGCUGCUGCUGCUUCCACCGGAGCCCCUGCCCUCCUCACCCCACCCAAGAUCCGCUUUCCCCUCCUCGGGCUUGGCUCCAGUGGCGGUUCUGGUGCCAGCGCACGGGGAGCCAUGGCCAGCACGCUCAGGAAAGGUGACGCAGCCGUGGGGACAGCAGCACCUGUGCCAAAUCGCCUGACUGUGCCCGGAGCCUUGGCAGCCCAGGGGGCCGGCCCUCGCACAGCCACACUGGAGCAGCUACGGGAGCGGCUGGGCUCAGGGGAGCCCUCCGAGAAGAAGGCUGCGAGGCUGUCAGAGGAGGAGCAGCGCCUGGUGCAGCAGGCCUUCCAGCGUGGCUGCCUGGGCACGGCACGGCCGCUGCCCGUGAGGAUCCGGAUCAACGGCAGGGAGGACAGAACUGAGGCCUCGGCUGCCGCACUGAACCUGACCGCCAGCAGCAUCGGGAGCAUCCACAUGUCCGUGGACAUCGACGGCACCACCUACGCAGGUGUGCUGUUCGCCCAGAAGCCCAUGGUGCACCUCCUCGCCGGCGCCGCGGCCCAGGGCAGCAGCAGCAGCAGUGCCAGCAGCACCAGUGGCACCAGUGGUGGUGGCGGAAGCAGCUCGCACUGCUCGCCCAGCCCUACCUCCUCACGGGGCACGCCCAGCACCGAGCCCUCCACCAGCUGGUCGGUGUGAAGCGGCCGACUGGCCUGCCGUCCUGCUGUGCCCUGCCCUGCCCACAGGAGUGGAGGGAGCCCAUGCACAGUUUACCUCAUCUCACGGGGCCGCGUCCCACACGUCGGCUCCCAUCAGGUCCUGCUGUACUCUGGGGGCCCGGAAAGGGGCGGGGCGGCGUGGUCCAAUCAGGGAUUGUCCUGGGGAAGUGGACGGGGUCUGUGGGUGGCCACCUCCCUCCUGGGCACAGUGUAGCGACAAUCUGUAAGCCGACUCUGGCGGCCUCCAUUCCCUUCCCUUUUAAUUUAUUUUCCUCCUGCCUUCUGCCGUGACCAGGGCCACUGGUCUCCUGGCUCAGUCCCCAGGAGGGAGCCCCCCCCUGCCUGCUGCCGGGUCCCCAGGUGGGGAUCUCUCUUGUGAGUCUGGAAUCAGUCCUAAGGGACGCCCCCCCUCCUAAUGGUCCCAGUGAGGAGUCCUUCC